CCGUCGUGUCCAGAGUGCGCUUCCGCCAGUUUCUGCUAAACUUCCGGUAUCGGGCGGUGAGGGAGCAGAAUGGGUCAAAGUCAGAGUGGUGGACAUGGUCCUGGAGGUGGCAAGAAGGAUGACAAAGACAAAAAGAAGAAAUAUGAGCCUCCAGUUCCAACCCGAGUGGGGAAAAAGAAGAAGAAAACAAAGGGACCAGAUGCUGCCAGCAAACUUCCAUUGGUAACCCCUCACACCCAGUGCAGACUCAAACUGUUGAAACUGGAAAGAAUCAAGGAUUACCUUUUGAUGGAAGAAGAAUUCAUCAGAAACCAGGAACAAAUGAAACCUUUGGAAGAAAAGCAAGAGGAAGAGAGAUCAAAGGUGGAUGACCUGAGAGGGACCCCAAUGUCUGUAGGGACAUUGGAGGAGAUAAUUGAUGAUAAUCAUGCCAUCGUAUCUACAUCGGUGGGGUCUGAACACUAUGUCAGCAUUCUCUCCUUUGUAGACAAGGAUUUGCUAGAACCCGGCUGUUCGGUGCUGCUUAAUCAUAAGGUUCAUGCUGUCAUAGGAGUCCUGAUGGAUGACACAGAUCCUCUAGUGACUGUGAUGAAGGUGGAGAAAGCGCCUCAGGAGACAUAUGCAGAUAUUGGAGGCUUAGAUAACCAGAUUCAAGAAAUCAAGGAAUCUGUGGAGCUUCCAUUGACCCAUCCUGAGUAUUAUGAGGAAAUGGGAAUCAAGCCACCCAAGGGAGUAAUUCUUUAUGGACCACCUGGCACAGGUAAAACACUGUUAGCCAAAGCUGUGGCCAAUCAGACGUCUGCCACCUUCCUGAGAGUGGUUGGUUCUGAGCUUAUACAGAAGUACUUGGGAGAUGGUCCAAAGCUUGUUCGUGAACUGUUUCGUGUAGCCGAGGAACAUGCCCCAUCAAUUGUCUUCAUUGAUGAAAUUGAUGCAAUAGGUACCAAAAGGUAUGACUCAAAUUCAGGUGGUGAAAGGGAGAUCCAACGAACAAUGUUGGAGUUGCUCAACCAAUUAGAUGGGUUUGACUCACGCGGAGAUGUAAAAGUGAUCAUGGCCACAAACAGAAUAGAAACAUUGGAUCCAGCCUUGAUUAGGCCAGGACGUAUUGAUAGGAAGAUUGAAUUCCCUCUGCCAGAUGAGAAAACCAAGAAGCGUAUCUUUCAAAUUCAUACCAGCAGAAUGACCUUGGCAGAUGAUGUUACUCUAGAUGAGCUGAUUAUGGCUAAAGAUGAUCUGUCUGGUGCAGAUAUUAAGGCAAUUUGCACAGAAGCAGGCUUGAUGGCUCUACGGGAGCGGAGAAUGAAAGUAACAAAUGAAGACUUCAAAAAAUCUAAAGAAAAUGUUCUCUAUAAGAAACAAGAAGGCACCCCAGAGGGCCUGUAUCUUUAACUUCCUUUUGUGUUGGGUUGGAGAACUAUUGUUGGAACCUUCUCUUCAGAGUACAUAAAAAGAUGAGACAUUAGUGGGCAGAAAGCAAACUGGUAAUUGAUUGACGCACAUUAAAUGGAUUCCUCUGUAUUGUGCUUUAGUCAGUGUAGUGCAAAACAUUAGUGUAAAACUUUUUAUUUGUCAUUAAAACAUUUUGUUUUCAAGUGAA